UUGUGUUCCUGCGAUGGGCUAGGUGUAAAACGGUCUCCGGUGAAGAAGCUUCUUCAGAAGAAAUCUGUUUUUGACAGCAGCGAGGAUGAAAUUGAUGACGACAACGCCAACAAUGGUGAAUCGGAUGUCUCCGAGUUUGAACCCUUCAAAAGGGGCUCGUUCGAUGGCCCAGCAGCGUCUCUGGCUGAGCGGAUUCGUAGCCAGCCUCCGCGACGUACCGCAGCUGCCAGUACUAUAAAGUAUAACUUUGACGAUUCGGGUGGCGAUGAAGUUGGGAGCAAUAGUUGCGAAGAGGAGGUCUUUACUGCCGUGGACCACGGGCAGGGUGACGAGACGAUCAAUCUAAACAGCCCUGUAAAACAAACUGUCUCAUCAGCUAUCUCCCAGUCCCAAACUGAUGCUAAUGAGAAGUCAAAGGGUGACGCUGCUGCCUGGCCAAUCUCCUACAAAGAGUCGGCCACUGCAGUCACCAAGAGGUCGUCUGCGAGGAGUGGUCGCGCCGGCAGCAGUCGAAGAGGCCACAGUGUUCGCGGCGGUGCUGUUCAGAGAGGAGGUGCGAAAAAUGCCGGAUCCGCUAGUACCAAGCGGAUCACGGAAGAGACGAGAUCUGACGCCUCGGGUGGUGAAAGCAACAAGAAUGACGAAGCCGAUGAUAUUUUUGUUCCUGACUCACCGGUCCCUCCGUCCAGAGCCAAGGCGACACGCAACGCCCAGAGAAAAAUGCGGUAUUUCUUCGACAGCGACUCCGACGAAGUGGUGGAAGUGAGCAGUGAUAGCGAGAAGGAUGCUGAUUCUGCUGAAGACAGCAAUGUCAGACGGAAGGGCAGGGUGGCCGUCCGGAGCCGCAAGCGGAAGCGACUCAAUUCAGACAGUGAUGAGGAUUAUGUGCCUGAAUAG